CAUCUGCAUGUGGUAGGCUAAACCAGUAAGGAUCGACCUCCAAGCGCCACUUUCUACGGGAUGUAUGGCUGCAUCUCUUUUGGAAGGUGUGGGACUGACUCUGCUCCUCACUCUGUUUGAAGUGUAACGGUGAUGCGUGUGUUCAUUUUUCCUCUCCAGUAAAUUGGCUACUGGUUUUGCUUUCGCUAAAACAUGUGUCAAUGUCGCUACAUUUCUACGGAUUAAUGCAUACGCAAAAUAUUGAUACGUUCAACACAACGUGAAUAUGGAUUUUAUCUUUGUUUCAAUACUUUUUAUAUUUAUCGACGCGAUUUACGCAGUGUCCCGCUAUGGAAAUCUCCAACCAUACAUGCCCAAUGUGUGUGCAGAGCGGGAAGUGAUGCUGGUUGCCCAAAGGCAGCCCUGUGUGCAGGCCUUCACACGCAUGGUCAAGAUCUGGAAGCAAGGCUGCCUAGGACAGAACUGGUGCAUGGGAUACGAGAGAAGGACAGCGUAUUACACAGCAUACAGACAAGUCUACAGACAAGACUACCAGACGGUUUACAAGUGCUGUCCUGGAUGGUCUCAACUCAACGGAGAGGCUGGCUGCUUGUAUCCGGUGUGCAGCUACGGCGUGUGCUUCAACGGGGGCCAGUGUCGACAGGGAUCCCGCUCCAGCUCCCAGCUCUGUGAUUGUCCUGCUGGCUUCAAUGGGCCCAGUUGCCAGUAUGAUGUAAAUGAGUGUGAGGAGACUAACGGCGGUUGUGAGGCUCUGUGCUGCAACACCAUCGGCAGCUUCUACUGCAAGUGUCCUUCUGGUGAGCAGCUGAAGGACGACGGCAGGACCUGCCAAGAUAUUGAUGAGUGCCAGGUCCACAACGGUGGCUGCCAGCACGGUUGCGUGAACUCCAGGGGCUCUUAUCACUGUGAAUGUAACCCAGGCUCUCGACUCCAUGUGGAUGGACGCACCUGCAUUGCUGUCCAAUCAUGUGGAAUCAGUAAUGGAGGAUGUGAGCAUUUCUGUGUACAGCAGUCCCUUGCUGCCUUCCGUUGCCGCUGUAGAGACAAAUAUGUGCUGGCUGAGGAUGGCAAGCACUGCAAAUUGGAGAAUCCAUGUCUAGAUAAGAAUGGUGGCUGCCAGCAUGACUGUCUUGUUGAUCGUGGCAAGGCCCACUGUGAAUGUAGAAAUGGGUACAAGCUGGCAGAGGACAGGAAGACCUGUGAGGAUAUUGAUGAGUGUGAGUCGGAGCAGACGGGCUGUGCUCAUGGCUGCCACAACACCCUGGGCUCCUUCGCCUGUGUGUGUGACACUGCCUACGAGAUGGGAGCAGACGGACGCCAGUGCUAUCGAAUUGAGAUGGAGAUCGUCAACAGCUGUGAGAGCAACACCGGAGGCUGCUCCCAUCACUGCCAGCACUCCACCGGCGGCCCUGUCUGUAGCUGUAACCAGGGUUACCGACUGGAGGAGGACCUCAAGACCUGUGUUGACCUGGACGAGUGUGGAGAGGGAAGCUCCUGCUGCGAGCAGGACUGUACCAACUAUCCUGGGGGCUAUGAGUGCUACUGCACAGCGGGGUACCGCCUCAACUCAGACGGAUGUAGCUGUGAUGAUGUGGAUGAAUGUCUGGCGGCUAACGGUGGCUGUGAUCACACGUGCCAGAACACCGCCGGCUCCUUCCAGUGUUUCUGCCGCCGAGGCUUUCGUCUGGACGAGGACCGACACUCCUGUGAACCACUGGAGAAUACAGUUGAGGCCCUGUAUAGUGGUGGCCAGGAUGCCGUGGGGCCCCUGCCUCAGCCUCAGCUCACCCUGCUGCAGGACUACAACCAGCCCCUGGAGCGCUAUGAUGACUAUGAGGAUGACGACGCUGGAGAGCUGCUGGCUGAGAGCAUGUUGGCAGAGAAAUUUGUGUGUCUGAACAACACGUUUGGCCAUGACUGCAGUCUGACCUGUGAGGACUGCUCUAACGGAGGGCUGUGUGGCCCAGGGAGAGAUGGAUGUCACUGUCCCGAUGGAUGGACAGGCCUCAUUUGCAACCAGACUUGUCCUGAAGGAUCCUUUGGCAAGAACUGCUCAUUUCCCUGUAAGUGUAUGAACGGAGCCACCUGUGAUCCUGUUAAUGGGAACUGUCGCUGCCCACCUGGCGUCAGUGGAGACAUGUGCCAGGAUGGCUGUCCUAAGGGCUUCUAUGGGAAACAGUGCAAUAAGAAGUGUAACUGUGCCUGUAACGGGCGCUGCCACCGCACCUACGGAGCCUGUCUGUGUGACCCUGGACUCUACGGGAGGUUCUGCCAUCUACCAUGUCCCAAGUGGGCCUUUGGACCGGGCUGUUCAGAGGAGUGUCAUUGUGUCCAACAGAACACUCUAGAGUGUCACCGUCGCCAUGGCACCUGCGUCUGCAAGCCCGGUUGGCAAGGCAAUGCAUGCAGGGAAGAGUGUGACCCAGGCACGUUUGGCCCAGGCUGUGAGAACAAGUGUGAGUGCCCGCUUGGACUGUCUUGUGAUCAUGUGACUGGGAAGUGCCAACGUCUGUGCCCGGCUGGUCUCCGUGGAGACACCUGUGAUCAAGCCUGUCCAGAGGGGAGGUUUGGGCCAGGCUGCCCUCAGGCCUGUGACUGCUCAGGGGCUCCAUGUGACAGAGUGAGCGGCCAGUGUCAGUGUCCUGCUGGAACAUCAGGAAAACGCUGUGAGAAUUUGUGUGUGGAGGGUUCCUGGGGCGCGGGCUGCCGUGAGGCCUGUCCAGUCUGUGAGAAUGGAGGAGUGUGUGACAAACACAACGGAACCUGUUCCUGUCCUCCUGGGUACAUGGGCAGGCUCUGUCAGAACUCAUGUCCAACAGGACGGUUUGGUGUUGGAUGCCAGCUGCGCUGCGUGUGUGAAAACAGCGGGCGCUGCCACCCUGUCACGGGCCGUUGUACUUGUAACCCUGGCUGGGCAGGACAUAACUGCAGGAAAGCCUGUGACUCUGGGCGCUGGGGAGUGGACUGUGCUGAGAAAUGUGACUGUAAGAAUGGGGAUGGGAGCUGUGACGCAGUGACGGGCCAGUGUAACUGUGAGGCCGGCUACACAGGGACACAAUGCCAUGAAGAGUGUCCAGUGGGGUCUUUUGGUCUGGGCUGUCGGCAUCACUGCCAGUGUGACAACAAGGGGUCAUGUGACCAUGUCAGUGGAGCAUGCACCUGCCUGGUGGGCUGGACUGGAACCUUCUGUGAGAAACCCUGUCCCCAGGGCUUCUAUGGGGCAGACUGCCAGGAGAAGUGUGUCUGUCUGAAUGGAGGUCACUGCAACCAUGUCACUGGGACGUGUGUGUGUCCAGCUGGUUGGAUCGGUCCCAUCUGCAAACUGACAUGCCCGGCUGGUUUCUAUGGGGAGGGCUGUAACCAAACCUGCGGUUGCCAUAACAAUGGCAACUGCCACCCGGCAAGUGGGCAGUGUGUCUGUACACCUGGCUGGACAGGGCCCAGCUGCUCACAGGAAUGCCCAGUGGGCUUCUAUGGGGCAGACUGCCGUCAGCACUGCCUGUGUCAGAAUGGAGCCAAAUGUGACCGAAUCAAUGGGCAAUGUACCUGUGCCAACGGGUGGAUGGGCGCAGCCUGCGGGCUAGAGUGUGUAUCAGGGCGGUUCGGGGCCGACUGCCAGCAGCAGUGUCAGUGUGAGAACGGGGGCCACUGCGACAGACAGACGGGCCAGUGCAACUGUGGUCCUGGCUGGGUCGGAGAGCGCUGUGAAAAAGCCUGUGGGUCAGGCCUGUUUGGAGCUGGCUGUGAGGAGAGUUGUCAGUGUGAGCAUAUAGCCCCCUGUCACCACGUUACUGGGCACUGCCUCUGUCCACCAGGUUGGAGGGAACCCCACUGUGAUAAAGCCUGUUUACCUGGAACCUAUGGCAAGGGCUGUGUGCAACGCUGUACCUGUCCCCAGGGUACUUCCUGUCACCAUGUCUCUGGGGAGUGUGGCUGUCCCCCUGGACUCACUGGCAAUGGCUGUGAACAGACCUGUCUGUCAGGGACAUAUGGACUCAACUGUAACCAGGUGUGCCAGUGUUCUGAGACCAACCAGCUCUGCCACCCAGUGACUGGGUUGUGUUACUGCGCCCCAGGCUUCCAAGGUCCUAAAUGUAACCAGGAGUGUCAGAAAGGUUGGUAUGGUCCCGACUGUGAGCGAGAGUGCCAGUGUCAGAACAGUGGGAAGUGCAGCUCCACCUCUGGCACCUGUGAAUGCACAGCAGGGUUCAUCGGAGCACACUGCAACAUCACAUGCCCAGCUGGUCGUUAUGGGCAGGACUGUGCCCACGUGACACUGUGUGGAGAGGGGGCACAGAAUGAUCCUGUCACUGGUAGAUGUCAUUGCAGCCCUGGGCAAAGAGGAGAGGACUGUGGACAAGGCUGUGCUCCUGGUUGGUUUGGAGAGGACUGUGCUAUCCUCUGUAACUGCAGUAACGGAGGACUGUGUGACUCUGUCUCUGGAAGCUGUACCUGUGGUCUGGGCUGGACUGGGGCUCACUGUGACACAGAAUGUCCUCCGGGGACAUUUGGAGGUAACUGCCAGCUGAAGUGUGACUGCUGGAACAAUGGCACCUGUGACAGGGUGACUGGAACCUGCCAGUGUGGUCCAGGAUACUACGGACAUCAGUGUGAACAUGCAUGCCCCCCUGGUCUCCAUGGCCCUCUGUGCCAACUCCAGUGUAACUGUCUGAACAAGGCGUCCUGCAACCCCUCCACUGGGUUCUGUGUCUGUCCUCCAGGGUACCAUGGCUCCCGCUGUCACAGAGAGUGUCAACAGGGCACGUUUGGUGUGAACUGUGCCAAGUCAUGUGACUGUGAGGAGGGCACGCCCUGUGACCCUGUGAGUGGCAGGUGUCUGUGCACCUCAGGCAAGACUGGACCCAGGUGUGACAUUGCCUGCAAAGCAAACCGCUACGGGCCAGACUGCACAGAGAGCUGUGUGUGUUACAACGCGGCUCACUGUGACCAUCGCAACGGCCGCUGCACCUGUCUCAACAGCUGGAUCGGACUCACCUGUCAGGAAGGGUCGACUGACAGCUCCUCCCCCUCUGUGUGGGUGUGUCCUCAGGUGGGCCUCCACGCCUCCCCUACAGAAGCAGGAGGGAGGAUAACGCACAUCUAGACAACGCGUUAUAGCGCCCCUUUUUGGUCGGAGGCUCCAAUCACCAAUGAGCCUCUGACUGUAAGAGGCUGAGGCAGCAGCACAAGCUUCGCUGAAGCCAAACUGAAUUAAAAGGGUGGAUAUUAUUAUUUCAGACAUACACACCCCAACGGGACAGGAUACUGCUGCACCCACAGGAGCUGGAUGACAGAUGGAGAAAUGGACUCUAAGGAGAAAUGUUCUCAGUGUUUGCUCUAGGGUGGAUAAUGCUUUGGUGUGUGUGUAUGCUGUGAACUGUGCAGGGCUUUCAUUGUUUGUGUUCAUGUGCAUACUGUAUACAUGUGCAUCUCCCACUCAGGCAUGGCCUGACUCAUCAGUGAUGAGGUACGCUAUGUUGUGACCCCCUUUCUGGUAGUUAGAGGGCGGACAGUGGUUACCAGGACUAGGAGCUCUAUUCAUUGUGUGUCGUUGAAGCGUUCAAUUUAAAGGUAAUGACCUAUUGGGCCGACAUCUGCAGUGUUUACCUUGAAUGCAGUGUCUGCUAAAGCAGGAACAUUGCCUUUAAAUUCAAAUCAAGCUGUAAUGCUGAAUUUCCGCGAUACAGAUUGAAUAGAGCCCUAGAUCUCCCCACUACAGCCUCCUCUGCACACUCCCGUCCUGGACAAACCACGCGGGAUAUAGGAGAUGUGUUUGGCGACAGUUGCUGAACGUCCAACACUAACACUCAUUUUUAUUUCAGAGAUUCACCGACUCACUACUGUACUUGAUAUUUGUUUUGUAUACUAUGCAAUGCUAUACUAUUGUCUGUAUUUGAUUUGUAUACUUGGCAAUUCUGUAGUGUUUUAUGCUUUGGUUUUUGUCAUUUCCCCCAGAAAUGUUCAUGGAAUAUGUGGAUAAACAGUAUACAUGUGGCAUUAUUAUACAAAUCCCAUCACUUCUACAUCAUAUACUGUAAAUGAUUCAUUAUUUGAAUCUGUCCUUCUGAAUGAGCCAUCAGAGCCAACAUAACCCAGUAGUAGUGUGAGGUGAUUCCUAUCAGACAAUGUAAAGUGAUUUGAGCACCUGAAAAAGCGCUUUCAAUGAUAUUUCCAAUCCAGUAUAAUAUUGUGAUGUCUAUUUGCAGUGAAUACCAUAAAGUUAUGUUUGAUAUUCUGUACUUUAUAUGAAGCGACUUGUUAUAAAAAUGUUGGUGCUAUGGCGCUUUAAUCCACUAUAUGUUGACCAGAAGACAGUAUAUUAUCUACAUAUUGGUCAGUACAUUUUUGUUUACUAAAGUAUGUUUGCGUGGGCGAUUCUGAUUCAUAUCCUCAAAGUUUAGAGUUCACCCCAUUGGAUUGCACAAUGAUUCAGGAGACACAAUAUAACUUGAGCAGACAGUGGGCUCAGCCCAGUCAUGGUAAACAGUACCUUUUUGGUUUUUGUGUAUAAAGUGCUCUUACAUAUACAGUAUUUAUAUUUUAUACAGUAAGUGUAUACUGUCUAGGACUGGAGUGAAGAGGAUUUUCUAAUCUGGACACCUAGUUAAUAACCCGUAAAAUAACAAAAACAAUCAAUGAAUGAAAAAGUCAAACACAGGGAACUGUUUUUACAUUCUUAUUUUUUCAUUGUCAUUUCAUUAAAGACGAAGCUGUACAUCUUGUCUAAAUUCAGAUUGAAGCACAGUGCACUUAGCAAUGCCUGCAAAUGAAAAGAAAGAAAAGGCAGAGGUGACCACAACCAUAAAUAUAAAGGUCAAACUAUGUACAUACAGGAGAUGACUAGCUAGGGCAUCAUCACUGAGAGAAGGUAGUCUGCCAUUGCAUUCAUUUGAGAGCCUUCUGCACAAUUCAUACACAAUACAAAUAAAUAGCUUAUUUUUGUCUAUCUUUACACUGAUACAAUAUUAAGAGGAAAAUGCAGCAUGUUGAAAAUGAAAAUAAAAAGACACUUUUAUUCUC